UCGGUACGGUAUCUGUUAAUGAGCAUGCACGAUGUCGGCUACGACUUCAAGAAAGAGGCCCGCACGUGGCAAGGCAAAUGAUGACUUGGAAGAAAAGUUCAACUUGUUCGUAGAUGCUCCUGCAGAUGAGGAAGAGGAUGAUGACAGCACUGAUUCUGAUUUAUCUCAAGAGAGUUUUACAGAUAGUGAAGAAGGAGAAUAUGACCCGUUGGCAAAUUUCAACGAUAGUGAUACUGAUGGAGAUGAUGAAGACUUCAAUCCCAGUGAUAAGGAUGAUGAAUCUUUUUCCGAGAUGUCAGAAGAGGAUGAUACGAGUGAAGAUGCCGAUGAUGAAGAAACUAACGAUGAACCUAAGACACUCCUGAAUAAAGGGAAGCAACUGAAGAAAGGCAAAAGACAAGAGCUUAAUAGGAAGAAGGUAGUCAAGAGCAAUGAUGUCACUGACAAUUCCUUGAGGUCAGCUGAUGCAGGGGAAUCCCCCAAAGAACCUUUGGACAACCAACCACCUCAGAGCAAUGAAUAUGAAUUUGAUUCAUCGGAUGAAGAGGACAUAAGGAAUACAGUAGGAAAUAUCCCCAUGGAGUGGUAUGAAGGUUACAAGCAUCUUGGAUACGAUGUCAAAGGUCAACGGAUCGUCAAACCAGAAGGAAGAGAUAAGCUAGACGAAUUCCUCAACAAGAUGGAUAACCCCGAUUAUUGGAAGACUGUCUUUGAUAAGAAGCUUGGUAAGGAUGUGGUGCUCAGUGAAGAACAGUUAUUGACCAUUCAACGAAUCCAACGAGGCUUCUAUCCCGAGACGACCUUUGACCCCUAUGAACCAUACAUCGAUCAUUUCACUUACGAGAAGAUGAUCCAUCCAGUCACCCGGAGACCGGCUCAUAAACGAAGCUUUAUUCCUUCACUCACUGAGAAAGACAAGGUUAGCAAAUUGGUUCAUGCAAUAAAAAUGGGCUGGAUGAAACUACCCAGUGAGCUGGAAGCUGAAAGAAAGAAGAAAGAGGAAGAAGAAAAGAAAGGACCAAAGUUUUACGAUUUGUGGGGUAAAGAUGACGAGACCAAGAUCACCAAACGUCAUCAUGCUCACAUUGCUGCUCCUAAGAUGAAACUACCGGGUCACGAAGAAUCUUAUAAUCCGCUUCCAGAAUAUCUUCCAACUGAAGAAGAGAUCCUUGCAUGGAAUGAACAAGAUGCUGAUGAAAGAAAGAUCGACUUCAUUCCAAAGAAAUAUGACUGUCUUCGGAAGGUGCCUUACUACCCCCGCUUCAUUCAGGAUCGGUUUGAGAGAUGCUUAGAUCUAUAUCUAUGUCCUAGGCAGAGGAGAAUGAGGGUACAAGUUGAGCCAGAAGAGCUACUCCCUCAGCUUCCAAGACCAAAGGAUCUUCAGCCUUUCCCAACUACUCAAGCUGUUGUAUAUGAAGGUCAUAAGAGCUAUGUCAGGUCUAUCAGUACGGACCCCUCAGGACAAUGGUUUGUCUCAGGUUCAGACGACAAGACGGCGAGAUUUUGGGAGGUGUCUACGGGACGGUGCAUGAAGACCAUCGAGCUGCCAGAUACUGUCCUCAAUGUUGCCUGGUGUCCAAACCCAGCUGUCUGUCUGGUAGCCGUGUGUGCAGAGAACAGUAUCUUCAUCAUCAACCCCCAUCUUGGUGAUAAGAUGGUUGCUUCGGGAACAGACAGGUUGAUAGAUGGAUACGAGAGACCGGAGGAACUGAAGACGUCACCCCUGGUGGAAUGGAUUGCGGUGGAAGACGAGGAGAGGAAGGAAGAAGGAUUCAGGUUACAGCUCAAACAUUUCAAGGGAGUGAAGCAGGUUACGUGGCACGGUAAAGGAGAUUAUUUCUCUGCUGUGAUACCAGAUGGAGGAAACUCAUCUGUUCUGAUCCAUCAGCUAUCCAAGAGAAGAUCGCAAACUCCAUUCAGGAAGAACAAAGGACUGGUCCAAUGCGUAGCCUUUCAUCCUACUAGACCAUUCUUCUUUGUUGCAACACAACGUUUCAUCCGUGUGUAUAAUCUGUUGAAGCAAGAACUUACAAAGAAGCUUAUAUCCAGUGCUAAAUGGGUAUCCAGUAUUUCAAUACAUCCAGCAGGUGACAAUGUAUUAAUAGGAAGCUACGAUUGCCGGGUAUCAUGGUUUGAUAUGGAUCUAUCUACCAAACCAUACCAGACACUCAGACAUCAUAGGAAAGCUGUGAGGCAAGUCAACUACCAUCAUCGUUAUCCACUCUUUGCUUCGGCAUCGGACGAUGGCGUUGUCUUGAUAUUCCAUGGCCAAGUCUACAAUGAUCUACUUCAGAACCCACUGAUAGUACCAGUCAAGGUUCUACGAGGUCACGUCAUAACAAACGGUCUGGGUGUCCUUGCUUGCGAGUUCCAUCCAAGUCAGCCAUGGAUAUUAACUGCCGGAGCGGAUGCAACAAUUAGACUCUUCACAUGAUGACCGUGUCUUGGAGUGGCGGAUCCAGCUGGGUUAGAUGAAAUACCAUUUCACAGAACAUACUACAUGUGCACAAUGAUGGACCUAUCCAGAGCAUUGUGUCUUAUCUGGCUACAUGGAUCCAUCCAUGGUGUCCUGGAUUUUAAGUCCUUU